AGCAUAAUUCAAAAUAAGUAUAUUUUACGGUGAUGCUUUUAAGCUGAAUAACUUGCAAACUUUUUCCUUUUUUUCAUCACAAAAUAUUUCUAAUAAAACUUGACGAAGACAAGUGUAAGAAAAAUAGCAAGAAUGAGACAUUUACUUGCUCCUUCCCAUCAAAGACGGCAAUUGACUUAAGGCCCUAUAUUAAAACAUAUUGUCCAAUAAACGACAUAAACUAAGUCCCUCUUCCAUAUAUACUCCAUUGCUCACACACCAUAAUAUCACAAACAAACUAUAACCUUUCUCAACAAAGCAUGCUUAUUCACCAACAAAAAUUCCAUGAAGCUCACCUUUGUUCUUCUGUUCUAACCUUGAAGAUGCACGCCAGACCAAGCAGCACCAGUGAGCAAGAAUUCGCAUUCUGGGGUGAUGAGCAUCCUGAUCAUUUUAGCAGUGGUGGCAGAGAACCAGAGUUUCAAGGUAACGCCAAUUCUGAAGAAGAAGAAGAAGAAGGCUUUAGAGUUUACUCACCUCCAUUAUGGAAGACUAACCGUUCUAGUAGUAAAAAAGAAUCUUUACCUUUGCUUCCACAUAACCAUCAUUACAGUAAUCUCUCUUCAAAUUCAAGGAGACAAGCAAUAAUAGAUGGUAGAAAAGAGCUUAUGGAGAUGGUUCAACACUUACCUGAAUCUUGCUACGAGCUCUCCCUGAAAGAUAUUGUUGCAGAGGAACAUAGUUUGCAGGAGGGUGAAGAAGAUUCAAGUACUGUUGCCAAAGAUGAGACUUUUGAUGAAUUCAAGGCCAAAGCACCACUUAUAAAGCUGAAUAGAAAGAAAGACAUUAAAAAAGGUCAGAUAACAAGGACAGUAAGUUUGGAAAGUGAAACUUUUCUUAUAAAGUCAUUCCUUCCUUCAUCUCUAGGCUUAAAGAAGAAAGCAAAAAGCGCGAGAGAUCCUUCGAUCAAGUCAUCCGAGGAAACUGAGAGCGAUAUAUAUAAAGUGGGGUCAAUAAAGAGAAUUUUUGUUGCAGGGAGAAGGAAUAAGAUUUGCAGAAAUAGUACUAAUGGGAGCACUAGUAGUAGCCACAGUAGCAGCAGCAGUAGCACCAGCACCAGCACCAGCAUCACCAGAUUAGCUAGUGAGAUCGAUUUCAUACCGGGUUGCUGGUCCUUGUUCUCUACAAGGAAAAGCAAAAGCAUGAGAGAAAAAGGAUGCACCUACUGAAUGAGGAAGCCCUCCACCAAUCCUUCCACCAGAUACUAACCAACAGUAGAAACAGAAUAUUUAGUUUAAAGAAAUUACUGUAACCAACGUUUGCAUGUAAAUAAUCAAACCAUACUUUUUUGUUGAUACAUAUUGCACUUGCAAUGUAAUAGAAUCAAGUGAAAACUAGGAUGAUUGAGAACAGUGAAAGAAAGAGGAUUCCCAUGAA